ACUGUAUAAACACGAUAGGAAAUGUGUUUGUGUUGUGCAUUUUUAAUUUGAUAUUGAACGAAUGCAGUUGGCAAGUGAAUUAGAAAUCUAUCAGUUGAAUAAAUGUCUUAUAUAUUUUUAUACAAACGUCCGUAUUAUAUAUUUGCUUUUCAUAAAACUACCGUUAAAAAUGAAGUUCAUAUUAAUGUUGACCGUGUUUUGUGUUGGUGCUUUUCCAAAAGGAAUCAGUGGGGGCAUAUUAGAUGAGGCAACCGCAGCUCUCGAAGAUGUUUAUUGUAGGCAAAAGUACGAAAAUUCAUUCAUAAUAUCCAUAUGCAGAUUCAGUUUAGCUGGUGGCAGACGAUUUGGCAUUGAGCCGGGAGUUUUUCUAUUUAUUUUCCUACUGAUCGUAUCAAUAUUGAUUAUAGCCAUUUCAAAAUAUUUAUGUUGUCCGAGAAAAAAACACAUCAUAGUGUACACAUCGAGAUCACCACAAUAAAAUAUUGAUAUUAUAAACACAAUCAUAUGUCGGAUUGAGUAAAAAAUCAAAUGUACAAAUUUAAUAACAAUUUAAAACUGAAUGGAAUUUGAAAUAAAUUAUACAUUUUUCAAUUUUGGAUGGAAA